AUGCUACCACAGCGUACCGGAAUAGUCCCCUCGAGGAACGCCCUCCGAAUUCUACGACAGUUAGCAUUUGCUGGAUCAACACUCGGGGGCAUCUGCACUGUCACUAAAAUUACCUACGAUACUCACCAUCGUGUCACCAUAGCCGAGAAGAUUGUCAAAAACAAGCGCACUAUACAGACAUCAACACCGUACUACAAUGCUACUUCGGCCGCGAAAAAGCUUGCCUUGAUGGUGGAUGCGGCAGAAGCAGGAGAAUAUGAUGGAUUGGCAUCUUUGAAACAAGCUGGUUGGAAUAGGGAAUCGCAUGUUGAUGAGCAUAGUCCAGUUUCUGACCCACUACCUAAUCCUGGCGACAUUAACGGGGAGGGAAUAGUGAUCAGAAAGGAAUCGAUUCAGGCGCGGGAGUAUCGGAAAUAUCCAAGUCCUUUUACGGAGCGAGACUUGAAAGUAGCAGCGAAUGACUUGGAACGCGCCGCUAUAACACAUUCCUGGCUGACGGACCGUUCCGAGGCUAUUGAUUUCUCAGCACACGACCAAGCGAUCCAGCCCUCCGUUCAGAAUCAAAAAGAAAUAGAAGAUGGAAACACUCAACCAGAAAGUGAAGAUAUUCGAACUGUUCGUGAUCUGUUCGCGAGAGGUCGAAUCAUUGAAGCCGCCGAGUUCUUCCUUGAAACACGUUCGCAGACGAAAUGGAAGUUAUCACCGAGAGAACGCGGACUUGCGGUGAACAUAUUCUACGCCAAUUGCUCGGAAGACAACAUCUGGAUAGCAAGAGAUAUGUUUCAAUACAUUGAGCGUAAGAGCAUAAUCUCUCCACGGAUGUGGAAGUCCUUGGUCAUUGCUUUGACGAAAGCAAAUGCGAUUGAAUCAGCCUCGCAGUUGAUCUUGAAGUAUAGCGAUAAAAUCCAGAUACCAGUCUACAUGGCGGAACUCGUAAUUCGAUGUCUGCUCGAGACCUUCCGAUUUCGCGAGGCUGCCAUAGUGAUGUACAGAAAUAUCGUUCAUGAUGAAGAUUUCAGCCUGUGCGGCGUAUUUCUAUCCAAUCUAUGGAAGAAGUCGCGGAGUAUCGAUCUCGUAAAUCGAGAAUUCGAAAGAAUCAUGACAAUAGUUGGGCGUUUACAUCGACAACCCACCCCAAAAUUAUUCAAUCCUGUGUUGAAAGCCUAUGUCUCUUUUGGUCGAAUGGCAGACGCAGAGACUUUGGUCAAUGACAUGAUUACAGUAUACAAUGUUGCGCCAAACUGUCGAACCCAAGGCCUGUUAUUACUUGGACAGGCAUAUGCUUGCAACUGGACGGAAGUCAUAGACGGCUUACAAGAAAUGCAUGAGCUGGGUAUGACUUCUGAUGACCGCAGCUUCAUCAAAGCUUUCACAGCAUUGUUUCUAGAAUUCUGGCCUACACAUAACAUUGCGGAGAUACGCAAAUUUUUCAUGGGUGCCGUCGAGCAAUUCUCGCUCAAACCAGAUCAAGUGCUUUAUGAGCAUGUUUUACAAGCAUAUAUACAGAAAGGCAACCCCAGUCACAUCACGGAGCUAGCCCGUCUUGCAGAAAAAUGUUCGUGGGAAGUGGAGAUGAAAGAGGAGCAGCUUGUUGAGCAUUUACAAACCCACCGCCGCAGAAUUGAAAAUAGCCCUGUUGGGUUUUGGCAACUGCUAAAUGCUGCUCGGGUGGGCCAUGGCCAGUCAGCAGCUUCUCAACGAAUUUUGGGCUACGACCAGCGUUCUGUACCUUGGCCAGAAGUUAAUUGUGCUCCUCACUCACCAGAUGAGUGGCCGAAUUGGUACCGUCGAGCGGUGAAAGGCAUCUUGACAGAUAGGCCCAUUGACCAGUAUGCAGCGCUGGACAGACAACUAGCUGAAUCCUUGCAUGCAGGCGAUUUUGACUCUACUUUGUGGUUUUAUGGUAACGCUUUGACUGCGGGCUAUGUGUUCCUGUCUCACCACGUGGAAUUAGUGGCUAUUGCUUCGCUCGUCGAGAAGGGGCUUAGUCCGACGCAGAGGCUCGUUCAAAAGCAUUGGAAUGAUAUAAUGAGGAAACGCGUCGUUACCCCGCAAUUUUUCCUGGCGAUCAGGAAAGGCGCGGCAUUAUCGGAAACCGAGCUCAUAAAAUUGGCGGUGUUUCGAUUUUAUAGAUUGUGCUGGCAAAUGCCAAACUUGAAGUUAAAGCAUCGAUUCAUGAACCAUAUUGCAACUCGAUACAUUGAGCGGGGCCAACCAGAUGCAGCAUUGGAUUUAAUGAUUACGGCAUACAAAUCUCGAUGGGGUAUCCUGAUGAAGUUCAACGGAGCAUGUAUGAGCACCAUGAUGCGAGCUUUUGUUCUAACAGGGAAUCUCAAAGGGAUCCGUUGGUGCCUUCUUACGGCUCUGUCUAGGCCAUCGGCCUGCACCAAGGAUUUUCUUGUUGAAGCGCGCCGGGCUUUAGUGACCGCGCAUGUAAAGAAAAUUGGUUGGGAAGGGCGAAAGUUAGACCGAGGGCUUUUUCUGGCACAUCUCGGCAAACUAGUCAGGAUUCUAGAAAAAAAGAGUGCUGGAGAUCCUGAGCUCGUCUCCAUGUUGGUGAACGACAAGAAAAGAAAGCGAAUGUCCAAGGUGUUCUACUGCCCGCAAAUCCACAAAUGGCGCGAUGACAAGGUUAGGACUCUUCAGAAACAAAUCGCGUAUUGGGACGAGGAGCGAGAAUUGGAAUGGAUGACGACACCAGCGAAAAACAUCUUUCAACCGGAAGAGAAAGUAUGGGAACUAUGGAAUCAGGAGCGUGUUUGGUACGGUGAGAAGAAGAGCCGAGACUAA